AGGCCGUCGCAGUCGGGAGCGCUUCUUCCCUAGGGCCGCGUCCCAACCCAUCCCUGCAAAUCGAAAGCGACGUCCUUCGUGCUUCCUCGAAUCCGAGGUCGAUAUCGGGGACAUUUCGCAAUCCGAAUACCGCGGUUUGGAGGGGCAUCGGUUUCGGUGGGAUCGACGAGGGACUGGCGUUCCCUCCUGUUCUGUCGUAGUUGUUCUCCGUGGCGGAUUCGGCUUCUGCGUUUUGGUCGUUUGGGGCAUGAGCAGAUGGGCCCUGGGGAAGCGGAGAAGGGCGUCGGUGACGGGAAAGAGGUCGCCACUUGCUCCGUGUGCCUUGAGGCUGUGACGGGCGGCGGGGGACGUGCCACGGCCAGACUGCUAUGCCGGCAUCAGUUCCAUCUCGAUUGCAUUGGUUCUGCAUUCAAUGUUAAAGGAGUUAUGGAAUGCCCGAAUUGCCGAGAAGUUGAGAAAGGGUGUUGGCUGUAUGCAAAUGGUCCUCACACACCACGUAAUGUUAGAAUGGGUGAGAGGAUACAUGAUGGAGAACUAUCCAAUUUUCAUCACCUAGAAAUGGUACAUAUCCAAGACUCCGACUAUUAUGCUUUCACAUUUACAUGGAUGCCAUUGUGGUUUAUGCCAGCUACACCGUUUAUUUUUUUUCCCAGAUCAAUUACUUACAUCGAGUCAGGAAAACCAAAUACAUGUCUUGUUUCCUCAUCCUCUAAGUGGAUCAUUGAUUCUGGUGUCACAUAUCAUAUGAGAGAUCUUAGGACAAAGAAGAUUAUUGAUAAAGGAUAUGAGUUUGAGGGCCUAUACAUCCUUGAUGCUCAGCCAUUUGGAGUUCAUUGGUGCCCAAUUGGUAGAUUAGCAACAAUUCCAUUGCCUUUUGAGCUUGGAGUCUCCAACUCUACUAUUCAAUCUUUGGUUCCAUUGUAUCCAAGAGCUCCAGUCAGCAUUAAUCAACAAGAUUACUAUCACAAUUUGCAAAAUGUCCCAGGAUCCAUGGUGCCACCUAUGUCACAAGUUGGAGUUUUGAGGAGCAUCAGACUAACUUCACCUCUUCCAGAUCAUGCUCGAUACUUCUUAUUUCCUUCUAUGUCAGGUCAGAAUACGAUGGGCGGUGGCGAUGAGAUUAUUCCCAGGCAUCAAUUCUACACUUGGGAAUGUGAACGAUUCACUCGGUAUCCUUUGGUGUCUUCUUUUCAUGUUGAAUCAAGUGGGUGGAGGCCUUUCGCACAACCUACUAAUGGUGGUUGGCCAGAAAGCUUAAUUUGUGCACCCAUAUGUUUAGCUCGGAUGCAUUCAUAAUGCGAAGCAACAACUAUGAGAUAUGAUUAAUAGAAUAAAUAUUCUGUAAAUGAAGAUGCUGUAGAAGUAGAUGUUUCAUUGAAUGAACAAGGUUAAACCAUCUUUUGUGGUUAUUUUGUGCCUGAACUGAGCUUGGUUCCCCUUGGCCAAGUGAUUGGGAGCACUUGUAUUGGAUUGCAAUGAAACGAACUGUUCUUUGAA